UCUCUAUAUCACCUGUUAAUGCGCAAGUCAUGUAAGAUUUUCUUUGGACAAUUAUUGUAAACAUAAACAUUCCGAAAACAUAUUAAUUAAAAUAUGUCACAAGAAACAAAAAAGUCAAAGAAAAAAGAUGCAAAGAAGGAAAAGAUAACGCAAGUUCAAAAUAAUGUGAAAGAAGUUGUAGAUACCAAUGCAAAUAAAAAUGACAAACCAAAAUUUGGACCUUCCAUAUCCUUCCCAUAUCAAAGAGUAUGGUCACGUUGCAUUCUAAUACUUGGAGUUUUAUUUAUUGUAUGGUAUAACAGUAAACAAGGUACAGAGAUACAAUUAGCAAAACAGAAAGAUAUACUGGUAAGCCGAACACAAAAUGUAGAGUGUUCAGAAGAGUAUAAAUAUGAAUUAAGUAAAUUUCCUGGUUGUCUACCAGAAAAGUGCGGAAGAGUGGUGACAGAUAAAUUAGUUACUUCAACAGAGAGUGAUGUUUUGUUAAGGCUAGCAAUAAAUGGUAUGAGUCUAGGUAGUUCAGAUGGUGGUGUGACUAUCUUAGAUCUUCAUUCUGGUGCAUUAAGUAAAGGAUCUAAAUUCAUUAAUAUCUAUGAACUAGAAGGAAAAGAUAAAAUAUUUAAUGCUGCAGAUUUUGCUAUUUAUAAAGUAGUUAAAACAAAGAUUCAACAUGCCAUAGCACAUAAUUUUGGAGUAGAUGUCGAUAAGAUUUAUUUAACCAAACCGACUUUCUUUUCACAAAUGAAUAAUGUGCCAGCUAAAACUAUACAUGACGAAUACUGGCAUCCACAUAUUGAUAAGGAAACAUACGAGUAUUUUCAUUAUACCUCUUUAUUAUAUUUAAAUGAUUUUGAUAGAGAUUUCGAAGGUGGCAAGUUUAUGUUUAUUAACAAAAACAAUGUUAAUAGCACCGUAGAACCACGAAAGGGUAGAGUAUUAAUGUUUACAUCUGGUAGUGAAAAUUUGCAUGCUGUUGAAAAAAUAAGAUCUGGAACUCGAUAUGCAUUGACUAUAUCUUUCACAUGUAAUAUGAACAAAGCAAUUUCUGAUCCAAGUUACCGUAAUAUAUUGAAAUAAAGUAUAUUAUUAAAUCAUUAUUAUCCGUAUGUAAUAAUAAUAAUAUAUUGAUAAUAAUUUUAUAUUAUUUAAUAUUACAAUGUUUUAAGAAUUGAAAUUGAUUUCUUACAUUCGCACAAAGUAUUAUUUAUUUC